CAAAUUUUAAGUUGCUAUUUGUAAAAAAAAAUGCAUUGUGCAGAGAAGGAACAAGAUACUUUUCCCACUGUCUAUGCCAGAGAUUUUAUAUGGCAUGAGUUGAAGGAUAAACCAGGACAGUUUUCAAGUCCUGAUGCCUAUGCUUUGACUAAAGACCGAGAAAGAGAAUUUAUAGAUACAAAUGCAAUUAUGAAAAUACCAUGGGAAGAACAACUGGAAAUCAUUAAAAACCUAUAUGCCCAACGAAUGAAGACUACGUACUAUGUUAGUUUUUGUGAGAAGAAAGCAAAGAAGGAAAUAAAUUCCCAAAGUGAGGAUGAUGAGGAUACCCUGCUUUCCACUGCUGAUAAACUCUACUCUCCUAAAUCUCAAAAAACUCUUCUCCCAAUACCAACUUCUCGAAGAGUGUUGGGGUACAGCAGGCCUGCAUACUACUACAUGGGACGUAGUGAAUAUCAAGAUGAGUUUGGCAAAUUUGGAUAUGGACAGUUGAUGCCAUCCAGAGGUCAGAGACUAAAACAACGACUUAACUUCUGUGACAUGUUUACAACCAAAUACUAACUUACUUCUAAACAAUUAAGGCAUCAUGGGAUUUACAAAUUAGUUUCAAUAUGAAAGUUUACAAAAAGUUUUUUUUAAGUUAGAUGAUCUAUUCUAUCUAAAAAACAUAAAUUGUAAGAUUGAAAGUCCAUUUUUAAUGUGAA